AGGUGACGAUUGCGAAACGGUCCCUGUUGACCUUGAUAAGUAAAGCUGUCGGCGAGAGGAAGGCAUCGCAAGUUCAGAGUCCGAAAAGAAGAUCGUAACGGUGUUUCAGUAAAAUUAGCCAAAAUGUACAGACUUCCAAGUUUACUCCGUCCAUGUCUCGCAAGAAGAGUGGCUCCAGCCCUUGUCAGAAAUUAUGCCAAAGACAUCAAAUUUGGUGCUGAUGCCCGAGCCUUGAUGUUACAAGGGGUGGAUGUCCUAGCAGAUGCUGUUGCUGUUACUAUGGGACCAAAGGGAAGGAACGUUAUUCUGGAGCAGAGUUGGGGCAGUCCUAAAAUUACCAAGGAUGGUGUCACUGUGGCGAAGGGUAUUGAGCUGAAGGACAGGUAUCAGAACAUCGGGGCCAAGCUCGUACAGGAUGUUGCAAACAACACCAACGAAGAAGCCGGUGAUGGAACAACCACUGCCACUGUUCUUGCUCGUGCCAUUGCUAAAGAAGGGUUUGAGAGAAUCAGCAAGGGAGCUAAUCCUGUUGAAAUUAGGCGAGGUGUGAUGAAUGCCGUGAACACUGUUGUGGAGACCCUGAAGAAGAUGUCCAGACCAGUGACAACACCAGAAGAAAUUGCUCAGGUUGCCACAAUAUCAGCCAAUGGAGAUCAGGAGAUUGGGGACCUCAUCUCCAGCGCCAUGAAGAAAGUGGGUCGUGAUGGUGUCAUCACAGUCAAGGAUGGCAAGACCUUGAAGGAUGAGCUGGAGACAAUUGAGGGGAUGAAGUUCGACCGCGGCUAUAUCUCCCCCUACUUCAUGAACACAGCUAAAGGUGCCAAGUGUGAAUUCCAGGACGCCCUUGUGUUGCUAUGUGAAAAGAAAAUCUCCAGUGUCCAGUCGAUGAUUCCUGCCCUGGAAUUAGCCAACCAGGCUCGCAAACCCCUUCUCAUCAUCGCUGAAGACAUUGACGGCGAGGCCAUCAGUACGCUGGUGCUCAACAGGAUCAAGGUGGGUCUCCAGGUGUGUGCUGUGAAGGCACCUGGCUUCGGAGACAACAGAAAGAACACCCUCACAGAUGUGGCCAUCUCAACUGGGGCAGUGGUGUUCGGGGACGAGGGCGACAUGUACAAGCUGGAGGACAUCCAGAUGCAGGACUUUGGCAACAUCGGCGAGGUCACCGUCACCAAGGACGACACACUGCUUAUGAAGGGUAAGGGAGAGAAGGCGGAGAUUGAGAAGCGAGUGGCCCAGAUCAAGGAUGAGAUUGAGCUGAGCACAUCGGAAUACGAGAAGGAGAAGCUGAGUGAGCGGCUUGCCAAGUUGUCCAAUGGAGUGGCUGUCUUGAAGAUUGGAGGGACAAGUGAAGUGGAGGUGAACGAGAAGAAGGAUCGUAUCAAUGAUGCACUCAACGCUACAAGCGCUGCAGUGGAGGAGGGCAUUGUUGCAGGAGGCGGAACUGCACUUCUCAGAUGUAUGCCCGUACUGGAUGCCAUUAAAGCUGAAAACAGUGACCAGAAAACAGGUAUUGACAUUGUACGCAAGGCCCUGCGGAUGCCGUGUCUCACCAUCGCUUCCAAUGCUGGCGUGGAGGCCCACGUGGUGGUCGAGAAGGUGCUGAAUGAGAAUGGGGACUUUGGGUAUGACGCACUCACUGGCGAGUAUGGGAAUCUCUUCGAGAAGGGAAUUAUUGACCCAACAAAGGUUGUGAGGACAGCUAUCGUUGAUGCUGCAGGAGUAGCCUCUCUACUCACCACAGCGGAGGCGGUCGUCACGGAAAUUCCUAAGGAAGAGCCUGCUGCACCAGCUGGAGGGAUGGGAGGUAUGGGGGGGAUGGGAGGCAUGGGUGGAAUGGGGGGCAUGGGCUUCUAACAUGAUUCCACGGACCUGCAGUUGAGGGACCUUGUCAAUUGGAAAUGUGGACAGCUUCUGAGAAGAUUGAUCGUUGAACUCUAUUGAUAGACAUUGGAGAUGAUGAUACCGAUGGAGCAGGAUGUUGUGGAGAGACAAUGGACCAGCUUGUGAACUGAAGAAAUAGGAGCAUGUUGUCCCCUAGCAACAGUUCAUGUACCCUAGCAACAGUUUGUGUAGCUACUGAUGCUUACAUGCUCUAGUCACUUUUGACAAAGUGGACCAACCUUUAAUGCUAGUUACAUUACCUGAAUACAUAGACUUUGUAAUAUUUGGUAAUGAGUACAAAAAAAUAUAUAUACAUCCUAAAGAAUCUAGCUAUCCUUGCCUAUAUAAGAGUGAGUUUACAGUGUGUGUUGGUCUUGCGAAUGUAUUUAUACUAAUCAAAUUGACGGCAUAAGCACAUGAUAAAUCAGAUGAUAAAUCUCGGAUGUAAAUUGUCACAUGAAUAGUUGCAAGGGGACACAACUCUGGAUCUACAGGUAUCAAGUCUAUUGCUGAAGAGAUGGUGGGAGUCAUAGCACAUCAAAUCAUAUUUCAACAUUUUCAAAUAUGUAUAUAUUAAUGCAUUCAAAUUGCAUUUAUAAUGCUUUCAUUUCCAUUGAAAUACAGCCAGUAUUUCAUGUCGUAUCCAAUGCAUUUACAUGCAUUAGCAAUGUGAUCUGAAUGCAUUGACAAGUGGCAGGAUUCAGGGAAACAAUCGGUCUGGGAUUGACGUGAGGUGGAAUUUACACAAUUGUAUUGUAUCAAAACAGUCUUAAGUUCUUUGAUUCCCAGCAGGAAAACCAUCAUUAACAGCUAAUCCUUAAAUGGUGGUUUGGGUAGCCUAGCAGGCAGAGUGAUCUGUUGUAGACUGGUUUGAUUCCCCACAAGAGAACCAUCAGUCCCACAUUCUGCAUAUUGUCACAGAUUAGUCAUCAAGGGUGAUGGGGGAUAGCCUGAAAAUGUCUUUGUCCCUUGCAUCCAAAGCAGCUUUGGUUAGUGCUAAUUGAUAGUCUGUAGCUGUUGGGCCCAGUUGUGAAGAGUUCCCUCUAUCCUUGUGUAGGACCCAGAUUGUUCCUAUUGGUACAGUGUGAGGCAAGGCAGGGUGCCCCAGACAGGAUGUCUUUGAAGACAAUCUCAUUAAAAUACAUCUCAGUUCUCGCUACUGCUAAAUAUAGAUCUGAGGACAUCCCUUUACGGGUAACGUCAGACUGACCUUUUGCAAACUUUGACCAACCAAUGGAAUGACAAGAAGUCCACAUUUGCCAAUCAUAAGGCAGCUCUCACUGGUGUUAGGCUUUGAAACAUAUUUUGAUAAAUUCUCGAUUAAGAGUUUGAAAACUGGACAAAACAUUCUGGAAUGGCUUACAGAUCGCCUUGAUUAUAUGGAUUCAGUCAUAAAGGGCUGUUGUUCGGAAUACCUGUGUUAAAGUUUUCGAGGUCUGGAUUCUAACACAUUCCGACUGUCACUUUCACGAUCUUGUAGGCUACGCUCUGAUUGGUCGGAUGAAAGGAUGUUCUGACGUAACCGGUAAUGGGAUGUGCUCAGAUCUUUGUUUAGGGGUUGUGAGAAAUAAGAUCUGAUUUUAGUGAGAUUGUUGUUGAAGCUGGCUUAUACCCUGGGACUGACUGUUCUCCUGUGUCGUGUGUUUGCAUGUGUCUAGUGCUGGUUCAAUGUUAGUACAAUGUGUGUGGUAUGUCUGGCAGUAUUUGGGGUAGCAAGUGUGAUAUACAAGAUUUUUUGUAAUAAAAUCAGAUUAUAUACUAUGAA